AUGCGGGUGGCAGUGAUUGGAGCCGGAGUCAUCGGCCUGUCCACAGCUCAGAGCGUCUAUGAGAAUUAUCAAUCCAUUGUCAGUCCGCUGACCAUUGAGGUGUAUGCCGACCGUUUCACUCCACUGACCACCAGUGAUGGAGCUGCUGGCUUCUGGCAACCAUAUCUGUACGAUAAGGGAAAUGUCCAGGAGACAAAAUGGAAUAAAGAGACAUUUGACUACUUGCUGAGCUCCCUCAGUUCGCCAGAGUGUGUAAAAAUGGGUAUAUUCCUUCAGUCUGGCUACAAUCUCUUCACUGAACCAACACCAGAUCCCUCAUUUAAAGAUGCUGUCCUGGGCUUCAGACAUCUCACAGAGAGAGAACUGAAGAUAUUCCCGGGAUACAAUUAUGGGUGGUUCAACACUGCUCUCAUGGUGGAAGGUAAAACAUACUUACCUUGGCUGACGGAUUGGUUGCAAAAAAGGGGUGUGAAAUUUUACCACAGGAAGAUAGAGUCCUUCAAGGAGCUGGCAGAAACAGGAGCAGACGUGAUAAUAAACUGCACGGGGAUGAGAUCAGGAGAGCUCCAGCCGGACCCAGAGCUCACGCCAGGCCGUGGUCAGAUAGUGAAGGUGGAUGCUCCGUGGCUCAAGCAUUGGAUCCUUACCCACGAUUUAAGAGCAGGAACCUACAAUUCGCCGUAUAUCAUUCCAGGGAGUCGUCUCGUGACCGUCGGCGGGAUUUUCCAGUUAGGAAACUGGAGUGAAGAGAACAACUCCACCGACCAUAAGAAAAUCUGGGACGACGCUUGCCAACUCGAGCCAAGUCUCAAGCAUGCCAGGAUAGUGGAGGACUGGUCCGGCCUCAGGCCUGUUCGCAGCAAAGUCAGACUGGAGAGGGAGACGAUACAGUCUGGUGCAACUAAGAUAGAGGUGAUACACAACUAUGGCCACGGAGGUUACGGACUCACCAUUCAUCGAGGCUGCGCCCAGGAGGCAGCGAGGCUCUUCGGUCAGAUCGUGGAGGAGAAAGGCAAAAGUCCAAAAGCUCGUUUGUAAAUUUAUC